AUGGGAAGGCCUGAUGUGGACUUUAAUGGACGAGUAGCACAACCUUCAAGACCACCAAUAAACAAUGCUAUAUCCACACCAUCUCUUGAUCUGUCCACUAUCUUGGAAGAAAAUGGUGAAACUAUAUCGAUGGAUCCAAAGACGAUGUCUGCCGUAAGAGCAGGUAACGUAAAUUACCUGAGAGAUAACUAUAGCUACGUUAGACUUGCACCACGAUUAGUGACCGUUCACGGGAAUACAAUGCUUCAUCUUGCUGCAUCAUCGGGUCAUGCCAGUCUAGUCCGUUAUCUGAUCAACGAAUGCCCAAGUUUGCUAAUGAAGUCAAACCUGAUGGGUGAAGUUGCUCUCCAUGUUGCAGCAAGAUCAGGCCAUCUCGAUGUUAUGUUGAAUCUAGUUGAUUUUAUAAAAGAGAUAUCUGUCAAUGUUGCAAAAAAGAUAUAUUUUGCUAAGAACAAAAACCAAGACACUGCUUUGCAUGUUGCCUUGAAAGAGAAACAUAUGUUGGUCGCUUCCUAUUUGGUCUCUGCAGAGAAAGAUUUGUCUUUCGUUGCCAACAGCGAUGGGUUUUCUCCCUUGUACCUUGCUAUUGAAGCUGGACAGGCAGAUCUUGUGACAGCUAUGUGUCACCAAUCAUCUUAUUUACGUUCAAAAGUUGCAGGAAGAUCCAUCAUACAUGCGGCAUUGAAAGCUAAGAGGAAAGAUAUCCUUACUGCUUUACUCAGCAAAGAUGCAAGUCUUAUUGACUUGAGAGACGAAGGAAGGACUUGUCUUUCUUUCGGAGCAUCCAUAGGACAUUAUGAAGGGAUCUGCUAUCUCUUGGACAAAAAUGUAGACAUGGUUUAUCUCAGCGAUGAUGAUGGCUUGUUUCCCAUCCAUAUGGCGGCCAAAUAUGGGCAUGUCAAAAUUCUUGAGGAAAUUCUUAAACGUUGUCCAGAGGCACUUGAGUUGCUUGACAAACACGGUCGAAAUAUUCUUCACGUUGCAGCAAGGAAUGGAAAACUUGAACCCAUCAAGUUUAUCCUAAAAAUUUAUAAAGAUAAAAACAAGAAAAAGCUGAUUAAUGAACAAGAUGUGGAUGGGAAUACACCGUUGCAUCUAGCCACCCAAAAUUGCCACCCUAAAGUUGUGAGUAUGCUUACUUGGGACAGUAGAGUUGACGUUAAGAAAACAAACAACAAGGGUUUCACAGCUUUGGAUGUCGCCGAAGUUAACAUUGAUUCAAGCUUUAUAUUCCAUCAGAGAGUGACUUUGUUCGCUUUGACAAAUGGUCGUACACCAAGUAGUUCCAUUCCAACUACGGAAAAUCGUAGAAUAUUCAUGAAGUUAGCAGAUGGUGAAAGGUACAAAGAUCAAGUCAAUACUCUUCUGCUGGUUGCAACUCUUGUAGCCACCAUGACUUUUACUGCAGGAUUCACAUUACCAGGUGGUUACAACGGUUCUGCUCCCAACGUGGGAAUGUCCGUUUUGACCAAGAAAACAGCUUUCCAAGUGUUUCUUGUAUGUGACACGUUGGCAAUGUACUCUUCCAUCAUUGUUAUAGUUGCUCUCAUUUGGGGACAGCUCCGUGAUGUUUCUCUCAUACGCAAAGCGUUUUUGAUAGCACUUCCGUUUCUCGGACUUGCGCUUACAUCAAUGUCGAUAGCGUUUAUGGCUGGUACAUAUGCAGCGGUAAGCCACGUCCCUUUGCUUGGUUGCUUCGUUUUGGGUAUCGGUGUCAUAUUCCUGCUGGUCUCGUUGCUGCUCCUUGUUCCUUAUGCGUGUUCAUAUGGUCAUAACCAAUUAUUUCUCCAAUACCUUUUCUACUACCCCUUGUUCCUUAUGAUUUUGGCUGCUGGUGACAACAGCAACAAUAAUGACUAGAGAAUCCUGGCUAAGCAACUUUCAGGUUUCUUGUUAGUAACUCUAAC